CUGUUGACUUUCUAUUGUCUCUGAGUCCUCCUGCAAGUGCUUCAGCUUGCUCUAGCAGGCACUCCCAAUGCCUGACAGGCAGGAUGUGUAUGCAUGGAGCUCUCUAGAAGAGCAAUGCAGAGCAUCAGUUUGCAGAUAUUAUGGAAAGUACAUCUUCAUUAGCUCUGUAUGAUGAAGCAAAUACCAGUACAAUGAAGGCCACUGAAAAAUAUGAUAUAUUUGGUCAAAAACAGUUCAUUUCAGCCCAGGAAUCUACAGUGGUGACAAGGACAUGGGACUCCUGCCAGAUUACAAAUGGUUCAAUACAAUUGACAUACUGGUUGACAGCUGUGGAAAGGAACCUUGGAUUACUUUAUUUUAUUUUUGUGGAACAUCACAGUCUCAAAUCAAUCGGACACAUCAGGCUUCAAGUUCCCUGUAGAAUUCUGAAGUAACCUUUGCUAAUGAGGAUGUCUGAUACUAUUGCUAUAAAAGAUGAAACUGAAACAAUGAAGGAUUUGGAGGCAGAAAUGAAAGAUAAAACUACAGUUGAAAAUCUUAUCAAAUCAGAAAACUAUGGGAAGAUUUUGGCAGAGAAGAAUGAACAAUAUGUUGACAACAGUAUUGAUUUGCAGCGGCCACUGCAGUCAUUUGGACAGACAGGAAAAAGGUCUAAGUCAAGCUCAAAGUUAAAGCUAGUUCGGAGCCUUGCAGUAUGUGAAGAAUCUCCACCACCCCCUGCAACAGAGGUAUCACAGGAGAACCAGGAAAAAAUUCAGAUCCAGUUAACGCAAUCAUUUGAAAAAGAGGAGAAGCCCUCAAAAGAUGAAGCAGAAAAAGAAAAAGCCAGUGAUAAAUUGCCUAGAAAAAUGUUAUCAAGAGAUUCCAGUCAAGAAUACACUGAUUCAACUGGCAUAGAUCUACAUGAAUUUUUAGUAAAUACAUUAAAAAACAAUCCCAGGGACAGAAUGAUGCUGCUGAAAUUGGAGCAAGAAAUUUUAGAUUUCAUUGGUAAUAAUGAGUCACCACGUAAAAAAUUCCCCCCAAUGACAUCUUACCAUAGGAUGUUAUUACACAGAGUAGCUGCUUACUUUGGAUUAGACCACAAUGUCGAUCAGAGUGGAAAGUCUGUCAUAGUAAACAAAACUAGCAAUACAAGAAUACCUGAUCAGAAAUUUAAUGAACAUAUUAAAGAUGAUAGAGGUGAAGAUUUUCAGAAACGAUAUAUCCUUAAGAGAGAUAACUCUAGCUUUGACAAAGAUGACAACCAGAUGAGAAUACGUUUAAAAGAUGACAGAAGAAGCAAAUCUAUAGAAGAAAGAGAGGAAGAGUACCAGAGAGCUAGAGACCGAAUAUUUUCCCAAGAUUCCCUGUGUUCUCAAGAGAAUUACAUUAUUGACAGAAGAAUCCAAGACGAGGAUGCUAGUAGUACCCAGCAAAGGCGCCAGAUAUUUAGAGUUAAUAAAGAUGCUUCAGGAAGAUCAACAAAUAGUCAUCAAAGCAGCACUGAGAAUGAGUUGAAAUAUUCUGAACCACGACCAUGGAGUAGCACAGAUUCAGAUAGCUCCCUGCGAAACUUGAAGCCUGCUGUAACCAAAGCCAGCAGCUUUAGUGGCAUCUCAGUCCUGACAAGAGGUGAUAGCUCUGGAAGCAGCAAAAGCAUAGGCAGGCUUUCUAAAACAGGUUCUGAGUCUUCUGGUAGUGUAGGGUCAUCUUGUGGCUCUCUUUCUCACAUCCAGCAGCCUCUUCCUGGUUCAGCUCUCAGCCAGUCUUCUCAUGGUGCACCGGUCAUCUAUCCAGCUGUCAGCACUCAUAGUUCUCUUUCUUUUGAUGGUGGCCUAAAUGGGCAAGUCGCACCUCCUAGCACUAGCUUCUUUUUGCUUCCUUUGGAAGCAGCAGGCAUACCACCUGGCAGUAUUCUGAUCAACCCACAAACAGGUCAGCCCUUCAUAAACCCAGAUGGGAGUCCAGUCGUAUAUAAUCCUCCUAUGACUCAACAGCAAGUUAGAACCCAAGUGCCUGGACCUCCACAGCCACCACUGCAACCCCCACCACCUCAACAACCAGCGGCUAAUCACAUUUUCUCACAGGAAAAUAAGGCACCUGAAUGGACAGAAGAAGACCUUAGCCAGCUGACAAGAAGUAUGGUUAAAUUCCCAGGAGGGACCCCAGGUCGCUGGGAAAAGAUUGCCCACGAAUUGGGUCAAUCUAUGACAGAUCAGGAUAACCUUGGUUCUCAGUUCAGCCACAUGAGUCUUGCCCGCCAGCCAUCUGAUGGUUCUGACCCACAUGCUACCAUGUUCCAGUCUACUGUUGUUCUUCAGUCGCCACAGCAAUCUGGUUAUAUCAUGACAACAGCACCCGCACCACCACCUCCUCCUCCACCUCCACCUCUGCCACCUCCACCUCCUCCUUCCCUCCCACCUGGGCAGCCAGUCCCUACUGCUGGCUAUUCUGCCUCUGGCCAUGCUGUCAGCCAGCCUGUGCUCCAGCAGCAGGGAUAUAUUCAGCAGCCCUCAUCACAGAUAUCAGCCUGUUACUGUGCUCCAGGCCACUAUCACUCCAGUCAGCCUCAGUACCGCCCUAUCCCUUCUGUCCAUUACAGUUCACAUCUAAACCAACCACUGCCACAGCCUGCUCAGCAAACAGGUUAUCAAGUUAUGCCCAACCAGCAGCAAAACUACCAAGGAAUAGUUGGAGUUCAGCAGCCCCAGAGUCAGAGCCUAGUUGGAGGCCAGCCUAACAGCACUGGAAAUCAGAUUCAGGGAGUGGUCAUCCCCUAUCCUUCAGUGCCAUCAUAUCAGGUUUCACUGCCUCAAGGUUCACAAGGAGUGGCCCAUCAGACUUGCCAACAGCCUGUUAUGUUCUCUAGUCAGUCUAAUCCAGGAUCUAUGCCCACAGCAGGAAUGCCAGUUUACUACAGUGUCAUUUCACCUGGCCAACAAAAUAAUUUAAGCUCUUCAAUAGGUUACCUGCAACAUCCAGGAUCAGAACAACUACAGUUUCCUCGAACUACUUCACCAUGUGGUUUUCAGCAUCUUCAAGGCCACCAGUGUUCUGCCAUGCCGCUGGCGCCACCUGGUGGAGGAGUGGUGAUGAUGCAGCUCAAUGUACCAAACAAUCCACAAUCUGGUGCCCACUCACCCCCUCAGUGGAAACAAAAUAAAUAUUACUGUGAUCACCAGAGAGGGCAGAAGUGUGUCGAAUUUAACAAUGUAGAUAAUAUUGUCCAGCACAGUCCUCAACUCAGCAGUCCCAUUAUUUCACCAGCUCAGUCACCGGCACCAGCUCAGCUAUCUACCCUGAAAACCAUACGUCCCUCUGGACCACCACUUUCCAUCAUGCCCCAAUUUUCUAGAUCUUUUGUCACUGGGCAGGGAGAUGCCAGGUAUCCAUUGCUUGGCCAGCCACUGCAGUACAACCCUCCUGCUGUUAUGCAUGGACACAUUUCAAGCCAACAGGGUCAGGCUGGCAGCAGGCAUGGAAACCGAGGAAGGAGACAAGCUAAGAAAGCUGCAUCCACAGACCUUGGAGCAGGAGAAGCAGUUGUUGGGAAGGUCUUGGAAAUUACUGAACUACCAGAUGGAAUAACUCGCAUGGAAGCCGAGAAACUUUUUGGGGAACUGUUCAAAAUUGGCGCCAAGAUCCGGUGGCUCCGGGACCCCCAGUCACAGCCCCAGCUGCGUCGUCAUGCCGUCUGCUGUAGCAGUGGGGACAGCACUGUCAACCCUGAACGCUCCAAACCCAAUGACUUGGCCUCUACGUACACUGUCUUAGCUACAUUCCCCUCCAUUUCAGCUGCACAAAAUGCACUGAAGAAACAAAUUAACUCAGUUAACAAGUUUAAGCUGAGAACAAGCAAGAAGCACUAUGACUUUCACAUUUUGGAAAGGGCAAGUUCUCAGUAACACAGCUACCUUUGGACCCUUCACCUCUGAUUGCUCUGCCCUCUCCCGACUCUGAUUGGCUUGGUAUUUGGAGCUUCUGUUAACAUUUAGAGACUCCUGGGAUGUGUGGUCAUGGGGUUAUAUCUUUUGGAAAAAAGCCAGUGAUCCAGAAAAGAGGGAAAAAGAGAUACACAUUUUACCCUACUGAUUAUAGAAAUCCACACCAGAAUGAUACAAAGUUAGCAGCUUUUUCUAAGGAAAUGCUGUUCAAAUGCCUCCUAACUUUUAUAGUUAUUUUGUUUUAUAUUUCUGAAUUCUUGUAUCAGAUCCAAAGCUCUAUUGUACAGCAAAUUAUUCUUCAAAAUUACUAUAACCAGUUGCAACCUGUAUUUCUUUUUGCAGCCAGCACAGUGUGACCCAGCUCAGGAUUUGGGGGGGUAAGAAUACAGGCAUGGAAUAACCAAGUCAGAAACCAUGUACCAUUCUUUUGGAGGGCUGAGGGUGCUGAAAGCCCACAAAUAAAAGAUGACCCUUCCCCUGAAUCUCUAAACAUAGAAACAUUUUCCAGAAGAUACAGAAAUCCCCAAUAGGAUCCCUUCCUUAUUCAUUUAGGUAGUAUGGAUGUUAAGUGUAAAGUAAAUUAUGUUCUUAAUGCUCUUAAUCAAACCACUUAAAUUCAGAGGGGAAUAGGAAUCAUCCAAGUCAGGAAAAUCUCACUU